UUAUACUCUAAAUGUUUUGAUGCGUAUUUGAUUUUUUUUUUCCAAAAAUCAACUUUUAUUUUCUAGCAAACCUCUCGGAAGUGACGCCAGAGUUUGUAGUGGUUGGUCUUUUUCUUUUCUUUUUUUGAGCGUGCCUAGAUGUUUUCAGGGCCUCUUAAAACGUUUCAGAGGAAAUGGAGAUCGUACCGACACCGUUUUUUGCCUUGGGUUGUGUUUAACCUUUCUAAAAAUGAGAAAACUCUACGUCACGUGACGGAGCGCUCUGAAGACAGCCUGAUCUCAGCCGAACAGAUCACACAGAGCCUCCUGAAGUUCUUCAUUGUCCUGUUGAAGGGUUAUAAUGGAGAACACCGAACGUCCAAGGAUAAGGAAUUUUUGGGACACAAUGAAAUGUUCCAAACUCUGGGAUUCUGCAUAGAUCGUAGGCCCAGCACGCUGCCUUUAGCUGGAACUGGGGUAUUUGUCGUUAACGGGGUUAUUCCGAAAGGAACUGUAGUUGCCAUGUACCCCGGUACUGUCUACCAACCAUAUGAUCCCAUUCUAUUUCAGUCCAUCAGAAACCCCUUCAUUUUCAGAUGUAUCGAUGGUGUCCUGAUUGACGGAAGUGACAAAGGCAUGUCCAAGAUGGUGUUCAAGUCCUGUAGUGGAAGAGACAGACUUGGUCCUCUGGUGACCAGUGACACCAGCUGGCUCACGGCCAGCCCACGGAACCCACUCGCCGUGGGUCAGUAUGUCAACAACUGCUCCAACACAAAGCCAGCAAAUGUUUGCUACCAGGAGUAUGACGUGCCAGACAGGUUCCCCAUCGAGCUUUGGCAGUUUUUGCCUAAUGUCAACUUCAGCCAGGACGCGCGCAGGCCUUUACGCUGUGUGGUGCUGGUUUCAUUCAGGGACAUCGCAGAAGGAGAGGAACUCUUCUCCAACUACUACACUAUUGUACACUAAAAUAUUUAAGCAUCACAUGUUCAUGCAGCUGAGUGUGUACUCAUGAUUAAACUUCUGUUUUGACCAAAUAUA